AUGUUCCUCAUCUCCAGCAGUGUUCACGGAAGCGACGAGCACGGGCGUCUGCUCAGAAGGACGCUGAUGCGCUAUGUAAACCUCACUUCCCUGCUCAUCUUCCGCUCGGUGAGCACAGCUGUGUACAAAAGGUUUCCCACCAUCGACCAUGUGGUUGAAGCAG